UGCUUGUCCCAGCUGUUUGUUUCGUAAGCAUCAAGCAUCAAUCUGAAUUGAAUCGGUUGGGCACGAGCGCAGAGAGAAGUCUUCACAGACUGAUAUGGAAACAUUAUAUCAUCAAACAAAUGGACUCAUCCAGCGGACACAGCAUGGUUUUGCGGCCCUGGAGGUGGCCUCUGCGGCUGAGGCGGAGACCAGAGAACGUGAACUCAACUCAGCCAUAGACACCAUAGUCAGCAACUGUAAGCGGUUGGACAUUCUGGCCGACAAGGAGCCAGUGCAGCGGCGGCACAGUGCCAAGCAGCGCGUCAACCAGCUCAAGUACGAGUGCCAGCACCUGCAGUCGGCGCUGCGGGCGCUGCAGCACCGGCGGAUGGCUCGGGAGCGCGAGCGGCUGGACCGCGAGGAGCUGCUCUCCCAGCGGUUCACCACUAACGACCAGAGUGACACCAGUAUCGCCAUCGACGCGGCUCUGCAGAUGAACGACCGACUCCAGAGCUCCCACCACGGCAUGGACAACCUGCUCGACAUGGGCAACUCGGUGCUGACCAGCCUGCGCGACCAGCGCGGCGUGCUCAAGGGCGCGCGCCGGCGCAUGCUCGACCUGGCCAACACGCUCGGCAUGUCCAACACAGUGAUGCGGCUGACGGAGCGGCGCGCCGCCCAGGACAAGUUUAUCCUGUUCGGCGGCAUGCUGGCCACCCUGGUCGUCAUGUACGUCACCUGGCGCUACCUCACGUGACCGGCCGCCGACGCCGCUCUAGGACAAUGGGACCGGGUCAUGUGAUGUUGGGUGUCGGGAUGAGCGCUGGCAUGUGCAGUCCGGUGGACGGAGGGACCGAUGGAGGAUACACCGACGUACCGCCGACCCUGAGCGACUGUCCUACUCCGGGCGGCGGCUCUCCAACUCCGGGCGGUUGUCCAAUCCCGGCUGUCCCGACUCCGGGUGCCACCACCACGGUACGGAGCCUCACGCGGAAGGUGAGACGCGCCGGGGAUGACGUCAUUCCACAGUGAUAAUGUUCGUGUUCAAAUGGAAUAUAUUGUAAUCGCGAUAUGUUGUCGCGCUAUUCGUCGUGGUAACAUCGAUAUUGAUCAAUAUCAGAUCGAAUAUCGACGUGGUAGGUCGGUUAGUUCGCUGGACCCGGACCAGGCGUUGUAUGAUUUAUUCAGUGCGUUUUUCGCGGUUUGUAUCGACCUGUGGCGCUCGUCGGCGCAUACUUACCCGUUUCUUGCCGACCAAACGCAGUGAUCUGAAAUAUACCGUAAAUCCGCUCAAA